GGAGGACGACAAAAACAUGAGAGACACACUGAAUGUGCAGUAGCAGGAAAACAUUUUUUUUCAGUUAGGUAAAGCGAAUCUCGCAUAGCAAAACGAAUAGAGUAGCCUAUUGCGCUUCCACGAGAGGGAACGGAGAGAUUAUAGAGCCUUUGUGUUGCAGUUACGGACGAACUGAAUAGGAAGAAUUCCCUUGCUUUCUGAGAGCGAAACGGAGUGACUCCGAGGGGAAGGAGAAGGAGACGUUUGAGUACAGUGAAGAAAGUUUCUUAAAACAAACUGAAACUCACGACUUACAGUGCGGAACACAGAAACCAUGCACUCUAUGUACAGUGGUGUGGGAUAGUUGCAGAUUCAUGCGCAUUUUAACGGAUCGUUUUCUUUCCUGGUUUACAAGCACCGGGACAAAAGUUUCUCUAACGGAAAGUAUAACAACAUACAGCACAAAUCUAGACGGUUUACCGGAACUUUGAGCCUCUUUAGAAGAACUGCGUGUUGCUCUUCGUGUUGCAUAGUUUAGCUGGGGUUUUCUACCUCGCUGGACUGGUGAUUGGGGGUCUGGGGGGGGGUGCGUUGUGGAUAUAUAUUAGCAAUUUUCUACAUGGCCUCUGCCAGGAUGUACCUUAUAACGAGAUGCAUUCUGAUCUCCCUGAUUUGGAAGAGCAGCCUGGCUCUUUUAUGUCUGCCGUGUGAUGAGUCUAAAUGCGAGGAGCCAAAGCAUUGCUCCGGCGCGGUGGUGCUAGGUAUCUGUGGCUGCUGCUCCGUCUGCGCCAAGCAGAAAAACGAAAGCUGCGGCGGUGUCUACGGUCUGUAUGGGACUUGCGACCGCGGGCUCCGGUGCGUGAUCAGACCGCCGCUAAACGGUGGAUCCAUCACGCAGUAUGAGGUCGGAGUCUGUGAAGAUGAAAACUGGGACGACGACCAGCUGUUGGGAUUUGAGCCGUGCAAUGAGAACCUGAUCACGGGCUGCAACAUCAUCGAUGAGAAGUGUGAGUGUGACAGCAUACGGACCUGCAACAACCCAUUUGAGUUCCCCAGCCAGGACGCAUGCCAGACCGCUCUGAGGAAGAUUGAAGAGGAGCGGCCUGACUGUUCUAAGGCACGGUGUGAGGUGCAGUUCUCACCCCGCUGCCCUGAGGACUCGGUGCUAAUCGAAGGCUACGCACCCCCUGGAGAGUGCUGUCCCCUGCCCAGCCGCUGUGUCUGCAGCCCUGCAGGGUGCCUGAGGAAGGUGUGCCAACCUGGAUACCUCAACAUAUUGGUAUCCAAGGGCUCUGGGAAGCCUGGAGAAUGCUGCGACCUGUACGAGUGCAAGCCAGUGUUUAGUGUGGACUGCAGCACAGUGGAGUGCCCUCCUGUCCAGCAGGUUCAGUGUCCACCUGACAGCUAUGAGACCCAGGUGCGUCUCACCGCGGACGGCUGCUGCACCCUUCCUACCAGGUGUGAGUGUUUGCCUGGUAUGUGCAGUUUCCCACAAUGCACCGCGGGCAGCUCCCCCAAGGUGGUCUCCCGCGGCGACGGUACCCCCGGGCGAUGCUGUGAUGUGUACGAGUGUAUCAACGAGACGAAGGCAGCUUGCAGCUUCAACGGGUCUGAGUACCAUGACGGAGACAUGUUCCGAAUGGACGCCUGCCGCUUCUGCCGCUGUCAGGGAGGGGUGUCGGUGUGCUUCACCGCCCAGUGUGGUAUCCUGCACUGUGAACGCUACUACAUCCCUGAAGGAGAGUGCUGUCCUGUCUGUGAAGACCCCAUCUACCCAGUGCUGAACUUUGCUGGUUGCUACGUGAAUGGGGAGAUCCUAGCACACGGAGACCACUGGCGUGAGGACGACUGUACGUUCUGCCAGUGUGUGAGCGGUGACUCCCGAUGUGUGGCCGCUGCCUGCGGGCACAGCUGCCUCAACCCAGUGACCGUACCCGGAGAGUGCUGUCCAGUGUGUGAGGAGCCCACCUACAUUACUAUGGCGCCCCCUGCCUGUCAGUCACUAGAUAACUGCUCCCUGUCAGAGAAGCACUGCUUAUACGGCUUCCAACUGGACCUGAAUGGCUGUCGCACCUGCCACUGCAAGACACGAGAAGAGCUGUGCCGUGCCCUGAUCUCUGGCUGUACCCUGGAGUGUCCCUUCGGCCUGCAGACAGAUGCCCACGGCUGUGACGCGUGUCAGUGUCGCCCCAGGCCCAAGAAGUGCAAGGCUGUGGUCUGUGACAAGGCCUGCCCCUUCGGAUUCAUAAAGAACAAGCAUGGUUGUGAUAUCUGUCGCUGUAAGAAGUGUCCAGAGUUACCUUGUGACAAAGCCUGUCCAAUGGGCUUCCAGCAGGACGAGUUGGGCUGUCUGAAGUGCCAGUGCAGAGACCAGAGCUCCUCGUCAGUGGCCCCGUCAGUGAAGAAGGUUUCCUGUCUGUCCAUGGAUGGAAGACGGCACGAGAACAAAGAGAACUGGCACGAUGGCUGCCGGGAUUGCUACUGCCACAGCGGCAGGGAGAUGUGUGCCCUCAUCUCAUGCCCCGUGCCAGUCUGCGACAGCCCUGCCAUAUGGGCCGGACAGUGCUGCCCAUCCUGCCCAGAGGAGCCCAGCUCCCACAAGCCAGACCUGGGGGACUCGUCAGUGUGUCUGGCCCCGGGGGGAGAGUACUUUGUGGAGGGGGAGACGUGGAACAUCGACGCCUGCACCCAGUGCACCUGUCACAGUGGGCGUGUCCUGUGUGAGACAGAGGUGUGCCCGCCCCUGCUCUGCCAGAGCCCAAUCAGAACACAAGACUCAUGCUGCCCCCACUGCCCAGAUGAGCCCAUCACCCCCCAUUCUCCCAGCAAUGACAGCUUACCCAGCUACUGCAGGAACGAGGAGGGGGACAUCUUCCUGGCAGCAGAGUCCUGGAAGCCCAACACCUGCUCCAGCUGUGUGUGUCUGGACGGCCAGAUCAGCUGCUUCUCAGAGUCCUGCCCGCCCGUUGGUUGUGCCAGGCCCGUGCUGCGCAAAGGACAGUGCUGCCCCUACUGCCUCGAUGCCACCCCGAGAGCCGUGUGCCACUUCAAUGGGAAGACGUAUGCAGACGAGGAGCGCUGGGACAUAGACAGCUGUACACACUGCUACUGCCUUCAGGGACAGACCCUCUGCUCUACUGUCAGCUGCCCCGCCCUGCCAUGCCACCAACCCACCAUAGUGGAGGGCAGCUGCUGCCCCAUGUGUUCAGAGAUGUACGCACCAGCCCCCACCAACAUGCCCAUCGAGAAGACUGACCAGCACAGAGACAGGAAGCAGCACCAGCCUGCCUGGCCCACCCGCAGUGAGAACGACAUCAUGCCCCAGUUCAGAGGGAACUUUGGUAGUCUCCAAAUGCCCUAUCUGGAUGGGAAGACCCCAGUGCCCAGAGAGGACACCAUGCUGCACUCUGUGGCAUGGGUGGCACUGCCCAUCAUCAUGAUGCUGUUCACCAUCACAGCUCUGCUCUACAUCAACCAGAAGAAGCAGUGGAUCCCCGUGCUCUGCUAUCGCACCCCCACUAAGCCCACCUGCCUCAACAACCAGCUGGUAUAUGUGGACAGCCAGAAAGGCACCAAGGUGCAGGUGGACAGUUCGCAGCGCAUGCUCCGGAUUGCCGACCCUGACUCCAGGUACAGCGGUUACUACAGCAUGCAGAAGCAAAACAACCUCAACAACCUACAGGCUGACAAUUUCUACCAGACUCAGUGAGACAGAGAGACUGGCCUCACCUGGCCCCGCCUCGUGUCCAGUACUCAGCAGUCAGCAAGCAGCCAAAGAAAGAGAGAGAGAGAGAGAGAGAGAGAGAGAGAGAG